AUGGCAUACUGCAAGGCGAGAGUUCCUGAGGCAGAGAAGAGGAGUAUCUUGAGAAAUUUCAAAUUUGAUGAUGGUGAACUUCCUGUGCGAUAUCUGGGACUUCCCCUCAUGACGCAAAGGAUGAAGAAGCAAGACUAUACUCCUCUUUUGGAGAAGAUACGAGCGUUUCUAUGGACGGGGCCAAUCCUUAAAUCUACUAAUGCUAAGGUUGCUUGGACAGAAGUAUGGUUCCCUAAGAGAGAAGGAGGUUUGGGGAUCAGAAGCUUGAAAGAAGUUAAUAAAGUUUAUGGUCUUAAGCUGAUAUGGAGAAUGCUAACAGGAUCAUCUCUCUGGGGGAAGUGGAUUAGAGUAAAUUUGCUAAAAGGAAGAAGUUUUUGGGAAGUCAACUUGAAGAUGCAGACUGGUUCUUGGAUGUGGCAUAAAAUGCUUAAGUUGAGAAGUGUUGCAAAGCUGUUUUACAAGGUCGAAGUAGGUAAUGGGAGGCAUACUUCUUUCUGGUAUGAUAAUUGGUCUAGGCAAGGAGUUCUCGUAGACUUAUUGGGUGCUAGAGGUUUCAUUGAUAUGGGAGUGAGAAAGAAUGCAACGGUAGAGGAUGCUGUGUUAUAUGGUAGAAGGAGAAGAAGACAUAGGCUAAGCAUUCUAAACGAUAUUGAGGACAAACUGGAUACCAUCAGAAGUAAUCCAAGUCUUGAAGGGAUUGACAGGAGUCUAUGGAGGAGAGAUUCGGCUUACAACUGGGCGCCUGGUAUCUGGUUUUCGCAAGCGACUCCGAAGUUUGCGUUUAUGGCGGGGCUCUCUGUUCGUGAUAGGAUGUCGACCAUGGACAGAGUGGUGAAGUGGAGUAGGGGGAGUAAUGAUAUGUGUGUUCUCUGUCAUAAUGCUCAGGAAUCGAGGAACCAUCUAUUCUUUGAGUGUGAUUUAUCUGCUCAG